GAUGGCUGAGAAGCAGAAGCACGACGGGCGGGUGAAGAUCGGACACUACGUGUUGGGCGACACGCUGGGCGUCGGCACCUUCGGCAAAGUGAAGAUUGGAGAACAUCAAUUGACAGGCCAUAAAGUGGCAGUUAAAAUCUUAAAUAGACAGAAGAUUCGCAGUUUAGAUGUUGUUGGAAAAAUAAAACGAGAAAUUCAAAAUCUGAAACUCUUUCGUCAUCCUCAUAUUAUCAAACUAUACCAGGUGAUCAGCACUCCAACAGAUUUUUUUAUGGUAAUGGAAUAUGUGUCUGGUGGUGAAUUAUUUGACUACAUCUGUAAACAUGGCCGGGUUGAAGAGGUGGAAGCAAGGCGGCUCUUUCAGCAGAUUCUAUCAGCUGUGGAUUACUGUCAUAGGCAUAUGGUGGUUCAUCGAGACCUGAAACCAGAGAAUGUGCUGUUGGAUGCUCACAUGAAUGCCAAGAUAGCUGACUUUGGAUUGUCUAAUAUGAUGUCAGAUGGUGAAUUUCUGAGAACUAGUUGUGGAUCUCCAAAUUAUGCAGCACCUGAAGUCAUCUCAGGCAGAUUGUAUGCAGGUCCUGAAGUUGAUAUUUGGAGCUGUGGUGUUAUUUUGUAUGCCCUUCUUUGUGGCACCCUCCCAUUUGAUGAUGAGCAUGUACCUACGUUAUUUAAGAAGAUCCGAGGGGGUGUUUUUUAUAUCCCAGAAUAUCUCAAUCGUUCUGUUGCCACUCUCUUGAUGCAUAUGCUGCAGGUUGACCCCCUGAAACGAGCGACCAUCAAAGAUAUAAGAGAGCAUGAAUGGUUUAAACAAGAUUUGCCCAGUUACUUAUUUCCUGAAGACCCCUCCUAUGAUGCUAACGUCAUUGAUGAUGAGGCUGUGAAAGAAGUGUGUGAAAAAUUUGAGUGUACAGAAUCAGAAGUAAUGAACAGUUUAUAUAGUGGUGACCCUCAAGACCAGCUUGCAGUGGCUUAUCAUCUUAUCAUUGACAAUCGGAGAAUAAUGAACCAAGCCAGUGAGUUCUACCUCGCCUCUAGUCCCCCAACUGGUUCUUUUAUGGAUGAUAGUACCAUGCAUAUUCCCCCAGGCCUGAAACCUCAUCCAGAAAGGAUGCCACCUCUUAUAGCAGACAGCCCUAAAGCAAGAUGUCCGUUGGAUGCACUGAAUACAACUAAGCCCAAAUCUUUAGCUGUGAAAAAAGCCAAAUGGCAUCUUGGAAUCAGAAGUCAAAGCAAACCGUAUGACAUUAUGGCUGAAGUCUACCGAGCUAUGAAGCAGCUGGAUUUUGAAUGGAAGGUAGUGAAUGCAUACCAUCUUCGUGUAAGAAGAAAAAAUCCAGUGACUGGCAAUUAUGUGAAAAUGAGCUUACAACUUUACCUGGUUGACAAUAGAAGCUAUCUUUUGGACUUUAAAAGCAUUGAUGAUGAGGUGGUGGAGCAGAGGUCGGGUUCUUCAACACCUCAGCGUUCCUGUUCUGCUGCUGGCUUACAUAGACCAAGAUCAAGUUUUGAUUGUGUAACAGCGGAGAGCCAUUCACUUCCUGGCUCUCUCCCUGGCUCUUUGACCGGAAGCACAUUGUCUUCAGUUCCACCCCGCCUAGGCAGUCACACCAUGGAUUUUUUUGAAAUGUGUGCCAGUCUGAUCACUACUUUAGCCCAUUGAUGAUGUUUCUCUAGUUUCUGUCUUUCUGUUAUUACACUGUGAAAAUCAGAUAGAUUCUUAAAAUUAUUAUUUUACUUAUGGAUAUCAUAUACUCUGGAAUACUGAUGGAGAGUCAUGAAUAUUUCCAGGGGACACUCAGUGCCAUUGAAAUUACUGAAAAAAAAAAAGUCUGACAUUUUAUUUACCUGUAGACAUCUGUAAUUCUAUUUUGCCUAUGAUAAAUUCAUAGAGGCAGUAUCUUUAAUUGGUGAACAUUGAUGAAGAUUAUUGUUACUUUAAAAUUGUGAGUUCACUACAGAUGAUUAAUACACCUUCACUGGUGAAUCCUCUCAUCACAGGGUGGUUUGGCAACACCUCUUUGCUUUACUAUUUAAUGUAGGUAAAUCUACUUUAUUUCCUAAAGUUCAGCAGGCAUUAAGCUGUGUUUAUGCACCCAGUUCACUUGCACAAGAUAAAAAAAAAUAAUAAUAAUAACACAGCCAUUAAUAAGAUGAUAUUUAAAUGUUGAAGCCUUAGAGGCUGGCCCCCAAAAUUUCAGAAGCCAAGUUCUAGUAGUUUUAGCUUUUGCAAAUACUGCCUAGUGUUUAAUAGAAGGGCUGUGGUCCUGAAACAGGUAACUGGUUUCCAGGUUCCUUAAAAACAUCUUACAACCAGCUAGAGGUUUUAUUUCGAGAUUUCCUUGAAUAACAUUUAUCUGAAGAGUUUUCAGUGUUCUACUCAGUAUUGGAACAUCUGGAAUUGUAACAAUUUUUGUGUUUUUCAUAAACUUAACAUUUUUUUAAAAACUUAACAUCAUUUUAAAAUAUGCCUUCAAAACUACCUUUCUCAAAUUCUUUUUGGCUCUAUUUAUUUUUGUAUUUUACCAAGCAUGAUAAAAUAGUUAAAUGAAACAAAGCAAAAUAUCAACGGUCCCUUAAAAGAGAACUCUUACCUUUGAUUUAAUGUAUGUGGUGGUGGGGAGUGUGUGCGUAUGUCACCCUGCAUCCCACAAUGCUAAUUCCUCAUCUAAAGUUCAAGUUUGUUAUCACAGCCACCCCUCUCCCUCACCUUCCCACUACCAUUUACUUUGUUGUUUAAUCCUUGGUGGCUGAUUGACUUAGCUUUUAAAUCUUUUCUGGUUCCCUUUCUUUGUUCUAUAUCUUGGUUGCUAGCCAUCCAGUUUGAAAACACUGUUUUGGCCUUAAGGGCUUUUGUGUAUUUCCAAAGCUUGUUAGGCUGUGAUCUUCACUGUUGAGGCUGUUAGGAUAGGGAAGCCUUAAACCUUUAAAAAAAAAAAAUCUCUCUUGAAUAAAUGUAUGUGGUGUUUACAUAUAUACAUAUAUGUAUUCACACACCAGUGCUUUUAAAGGAAAACCAAACAGUUUCUUUGUUUUGCUUUGUGCAGGUUUUUUUUUUUUUAAAGAUUAAAAAGAAACCUGUAUACAGCAGAGUAGAUAAUAGCUCACUGCUUAUAUUGUUUUAAUGAAAGUAUUUAAUUUUUAAAUUAUGUGUAAUUUAUCUAAUUUGUAUUUAUUAAUGUUUAAUAUGUUGUAAUUAACACUCUCAUUCACCUGACUUACCCUAGAAAAGAUUAAGCUCUUGGAAACAGGUUUCUCUUUGCCAAAAAUAAUGUUUUCUACCAAGAAGUGAAUGAAAAUCUUUGGCCAAGUUUCUCUUAUGUUUAUGGAAGAUAAGCAUAU